AUCAGAGAGAGUGAUGGGAUAUUCAGGAGGAGGAGUCCUCAUCAAGUGUAGUUAUGAGAGAAGAUACACAUCAAACCCAAAAUACCUCUGUAAGGGUCCAUGGUCAAACUGUGGUGACCAGAUCAAGACAGGAAAUAAAAAUGAGUGGAUAAACAGUGGAAGAUUCUCACUGUUUGACGACACCAGAGCUGCACAGUUCUGGGUUGUCAUCAGGGAGCUCACUGUAGAGGAUUCUGGAACGUACCAGUGUGCAGUUGAUAUAAGUUGGCAGAAAGACGUCUACACACCAGUGCAACUGAAUGUAGAGGAAGAUCUGUCCUACAAGAAGAACAUCAGUGUGACUGGCCAUGUAGGGGGAAGUGUGAACAUCAGCUGCAAAUACCCACAAUCCCACAGCAGUGACCCCAAGUUUCUCUGUAGGAGAGUGGGCACUGCUGACUGUAGUUAUGAAACAUCAGUUAAAGAGAGCAGAAGAUGGAGAAAUGAGGGGAAACUGUAUCUACAUGAUGAUGGAAAGCAGGUCUUCACUGUGGUCAUCAACCGUCUGACUGAGGGAGACUCUGGUGAAUACUGGUGUGGAGCUGAAUCAGACUGGACAUCUGACCAUGGAUACAAGGUUUUUAUCACCCAGAUCAACCUCAGAGUUACUGAACCAACAACACCACCAUCAUCCUCAACAUCACGAUCAAGGUCAACUCCACAGAGCACAAAAAGAGCAUCCUCUACAGCAUCUACAACUACAAUGAGAUCCUCAUUCAAGUCUUCAACAGCUGCAGAUAUUCUACCACAGAAAGGUUCACAGACCACUAAAACAACAGUAUCCUCAACGUUUGAACCCACGUUAUCUCAAUUUUCUGCGAUAGCAUUCCCAGUUUCCUCUGUGGUCACUGGUGUGCCUGUGAUUCUGCUGCUGCUUUUGAUUGGACUCUUAUUCUUCAUAGUGACUCUUAGAAAGAGAAACAAGACUCGAGCCUCAAACCAAAGCCAAUUGCUCAAAGGCUCCCCAAAUGACCAGAAGGUUCCUCUUCCUGUCUAUGAGGAGAUUAAAGACAAUAGACACCUUGCUGCUUCAGAUACUGGAGUUUUCACAGUCUACUCUACUGCCCAACUACCCACAAACCCCUCAUAUCCUCCUCAAACUGAUUACGAUAAUAUCCAUUUACCCCCAAACCCCUCAGAACUGUCCAAAACUGUUUAUGAUAAUGUCAGGUUACGUGAAAGCUGUGAUUUCUCACAGACUGUUUAUUCCACUGCUCAGUCACCAUCAAACUCUCCUGACCAGAACAUCUACUCCACAGCUCAGUUACCCACAAUUGUCUCUGAUUCCUCAUCAAGUGCCAGUCAGCACUGAGCUGGAAACUACACUGAAGGUCCCACUUACUCAACAGUGAAUCCCAGCAAGAAAACCGAUCAGUUCUACUGAUGCUGUUACCAUGGCAACCUUCAACAAGAGAACGACAUAUGUGACUAUGAUACUGUUAAACAUGUGAACUUGUAUUCUCAUCCAUUCACACCAAAAUAUGACAGUUUGUUUCCUUUCAAACAAAAAGACUUUUACUUCCAGAUGUGUGUAAAUAAGUUAUGAUUUGUUGUGGUUUAUAUGAUACCUGACGUUUAUAGAUGAGAAAAGAACCUUCAGCUUUGUUUGGCGUGAUGACUAGUAAUAUUUUUCUAAGAGGCCUGCUGUUUAAACAUGCAUUUUGUUUCUUUGUAUGUACGUGAUAAACUAUUUCUGAAGAAAAGUUUCCCAUGUGUUCAUUGUUUUCCCAUUUAAAGGUUGCACAUCUAUCCAGAUUUGCAAUAAUUACUACAAUAUAUAAAUAAAAUGAAAGUUUAUACUGACAA